AUGACUAACAGCUCUGAUGAUGUCCAUCAUAUGAUGGACGAAAGCUCAGCACGUUUUCACCCGAACCGAAGGAGAAGGUACAACGAAAUGCAUCCGUCCUCAUCUGAUGAGAAUUGGGCAUAUCAGAGCAAGAGAAAAUAUUGGAACGAAGAGUUUGCCAACCUCGGAGCCGAGGCGGAACUCAAGCUGACAGAUGAAAAAUUGUAUGGUCAUUUUCGCAUGUACGCGGGCACGCACACCCAAACAACAAUAUGCAUAUUUUAUGUACAUGCAAACACAUAUACAUCGUCGAAAGAGCCUAUUCUCAAACGGAACAUGCAACUGGCUGAACCCCUGCAGUAUUCAUUGGAAGCAUGGAGCAUAGAUCUCACCAGAAGAAGACGGAUUCCUUUUGACCAGCUGUCGAGUGGCCUUACUGGAACAUUCUUGUUGACGCUAUUUCCGACAUAA